CUCCGAGCAUCCGUCGUUUCCCUGAGUCACGGUGGAGCCCCAGCGGUCUCCUGUGUGGGUUUCAGCGGCUCUCUGGCUCCUGUCAGGUCCUUUUGAUGAAAAUAGUCGACGACGUUUGAAAUGACUGAAGUGGCUCCAGGCUACCCCGACAUGACAGCGCUGGCCCCUCCUCCUGCACCACUGAUCACCAUUAGGAAUGCAUCUCCUGCUCGAUCACCAUCCAAACCCAGCAGCCCUUCAGGCUCCCGGCUGCAUUUAGCAAAAGAGCAACGGGAGGAUGGAGAGAAGACACAAGAGAUUUCAGAAUUGCUGCGUGAUAAGGAGCGUCGUGUGCAGCAGCAACUGGAUCGCUGCGCCGAGGAGCGAGGGAGGAAAUUGGAGCAGCAGAGGAAGAAGGAGCGCCAGCGCCAGGCGGCAGCUGUGGAGAAAAGAAGGCAGCAGCAAGAGGCAGAGAAGGAGAGGCUGGAGGCCCUGGUCCGCCGGAGAGCAGGAGGUGCCGAGAGACGAGGAGGAGGUGUUGGAAAUGGAGGGGGGGAGGCUCGGGACCACCUGGAUAACAGGCCUAAACGCUGGACAUGGGGAGGACCGCCUGAUGGAGUAGAGGGUAACCCUAAGACCCCGCCCUGCAAUGCCAUUGGCUCUGCUCAGCCCAAUGAGCUUCCUGCUGCUUCCAGCACCAGCCAAUCCCGUAACGUCGGUGACUUCCUGUCUCCACCCGGGAUGGAUCAACCAAUCAACAAACAGCUCUCCAACUCUUCAGCUGCCCUGCAUUCACCAGAGAGAGUGUCUUCUGUGUCCCAUCGAACAGCUUCCCCCAACCAACACAGACCGUAUAGAAGUUCCUCCAACCGCAGGAGCAUCGCUGGACUCCCUGAAGAGACGUCUAGAGCCAAAACACCCACGGGAGACACUCCAAACACACCGGCCCGCAGUUCUUCCUUCAGGGCCAACAGCAAGGGCCCUGCCACACCGAAACGGGUGAGGUCAAACAGGAGCCGCGCCCAGUCGCCCUGCUCCCCUGGCCAGUACCCCCCCUCCCCACUCCGGCAAAGGGCCACCACCCCCGGCACCGACGAUAGGGGUCACUCUGAGGUCAAAGGGCACAACACCCUGGAGAGAAAAUCUACCAAAUCAGAGACCUUGGAGAGGAAGAUUCCCAAAUCCACCAGCAAAGAACUCAAUGCAGAGUCUCCGGGCACGCCCACAGGCAGGAGUGUUGGUGGAACGACGGAUGCUGAGGAAGCGUCCAGACUGCUGGCAGAGAGACGACGUCUGGCCCGAAUACAGAAGGAGCAGGAGGAGAAACAGCGUCAGGAGGAGGAGAGGCAGAGGGCUGAGGAGGAGCAGAGGAGGCAGCAGGAGUUGAGAGAGAGGCAGGAGAGAGCCGCUCAGCAGGCCGAGGAGGAGAGACUGAGGCGGGAGGAGGAAAGAAGGAACAGAGAGGACGAGGAAAGACGGCAGAAGGAGCAGAGAUGGAAGGACAUGCAGGAUCAACUGGACAGAGAGAGGGAGGAGGCCUACCUGCGAGCCCAGAAGGAGGCAGAGAGGAAGAGGCAGGAGAGAGAGCUGCUGCACAUCCAGGAGGAGCAGGAGAGACUGCAAAGGAAGAAGAGGAUUGAGGAGAUCAUGAAGAGAACACGGAAGAGUGAAGUGGAGCAUCUGCCUGGUGCUGCAGCGUCUGACAUGAGGCCAGAAGUUGCAAUCCCUUUGGAGGAGGACACCCCGACUCCAGCUGAAGCCCCUGUCAUCAUGCUUGGACCCCUGGAGAAUAAGAGCUGUGUAGAUGAGCUGUCUGAUGGAGUCCAAUCCAUGGACGUCAGUUCUCCAUCUGUCUCCAUCAGUCCAGUGUCCAGGGACGAGCAGCCAAGCGCUCAUGAGUUUUCCCCUCUCACUGAAGAGCAUGUGAUGGACCUUGAUGCCCAGCGAGGACAGCGACAGGGCGCAGAAACGCCCCCCUACCCCAGACUGCAGGCUGGCAGUGGAGUCGGAGACCUCAACAAGAACUUGUUGAUUCAAGCCUACAGCGCCGCCUCUGAAUCCUCCCAGCUCAUCCACAGUGUUGGCCCAAGCAAACUGGACGUUCAGUAGCCAGGACCUUCUCAGGAGCUGGUAGAAACAGGAGGAACAGACCAAGAAACCGUCACCUCUGUCUGCAACAACAACAACAAUCAUCUCCACAAGGAACAAAUGCUGAACAACUAAUUUCACAUCUGUAUAACAGUAAAGCUACUUUUGAGGCAGUGCACAUGGGCAAUUUUGACUCUCACAAACAGAACACAGUUUGACAAAAUCAUGCAGAUAAUGUGAAGUAUGUUAAUGACAUGGUUAUGUGACAGAUUAGGAAGUGGGAUCAGCAUUGUUGCAUGUCAUGAAAAAGUUUAGGGAAGUGAAACGACUGUAAACUAAGGAAACUACAGCAGUGUUGGGAAAGUUACUUUCAAAAUGUAAUACAAUACAUAUUAUUAGUUACCUUCAUUUGAAAAUAAUUAGUUACAUUACGAUGUCUCUUUUUCUGAAAAAUAAUGCGUUACUUAUAACACUACUUUUGCGUUACGUUCACUAAAGGACUGGGCAUUAUAAAAUGGAAGGCGGUCAUGUUGUUUAACAGCAGCAGAUAAAAGCAAAGAAAGCUCAACUGUAUUGCGGGUCAUUAAUGUACAAAGCCAGUAGGUGAUAUUAUACAGCCAAAUGAAGGCUCUUCUCCAGCGCGCAGGUCUGGCCCAUUCAUGCAAUCACAUGCAGUGGUUACCUUUUUUUUAAAAAAAAAAAAAAAUUAAAAUCACCUUUACAUAAACAAAAAGUUAAAAUUAAUCAAAAUCACGUUUAUUAAAAUCAUCCUCUUAUAUUAACACAGGGAGGGGCAGGCAGCAGAUCAAAGUCUGAUAAAUUAUGAGAUGGGGAUACUUUUUUGUGGGCCUAUUAUAUGAAACACAAUAAACAAGUACUGAGGUUAGCACAGCAACCAGAUUGCCUUGCGACUCAGUCACUAUGAUGACCAAAAAUUAAUACACCGGAGCUGGAAGACACACCUGCCCGUUCCCGAUGUGUUGGUCAGCUACAACAGCACUGGAGAGAGCUGAACGGGACGGUGCGUCAGCAUGGCUCCAGGAUGUGAAUGGAAAAACAUCCAACAUGCUAAAGGACAACUGACGGCAUCACCCAGAUGUGUUGAUCACUUGGAUGAGGAAAAAUAACAGAGCCUGUCUUCUUAUCCCUGCUGCUUUCAAGCAGCCUUUAGAUGCAGACCAGAACGGGAUACUUAGUAGACGUUACAGAUAUGUGAACACAUGGGACAGCAUCACCCAGAUGUGCUGGUCACUGGCACCCUUCUAUUGCCUAAUGUCACCUGUCAUGGCAUGACAAGACACAAAAACCUUUCGGGGAUAUUUUUACUGGUGACACACUGGCAGAGUCGGCACGGUGUGGAUGAAUAAAAAAAAUUAAACAACAAACACUUAAUUUCAGGUGGUAACGCCUUAUGUGACGUAGAUGAAAUUGUAUUACCCAAAAACAUGUUGGUAACAGUUACUGACAACAAAAAUUUUGUUCAUGUUAUAAAACUUACUGUAAAGGCAUGAGCUGAGGAUUCAAGCUCAGUGGCAGCCGGAAUCUGCACACUUUACUUUUCAUUUACAUAUUUUUUGCCUUUAAUUAUCUCACAAAGUUCCCUGACAUUGCACUUAAUCUUUUCAUGACUUUUUUUUUUUUACUUCUGUACCUGUGGGAGCCAGUAUUGCCUAGAUGCACUGCCACAAAAUAUCACUCGAGUUAUCACCUGCUUUAAUAUCUCAUCCCUGCUUUUGUAAAACUUUGUAAAUAGAUCCGACUGGGUGGAGGAGUCAGGGAGCGUCUCUGUAGCAGUUAAUCUGGAGGGGAAGCUGUAAAAACAGACACUAUUGUGUGAAUCCUGUGUAGCAUCUUCAGUGAGGACUAGCUAGUUGAGCUGUUAAUGGUUGUAGCUGUACUUGAACAGUGUGUGGGAGCUUCUCUCUGUCUGUCAGUGUUUCUGAUGGUUCCUGUGUGUUUAUCUCUUCUGCUGACAGCGACUCCUACUUCUAUAAAAAACCCAGACUGCUGUAGAUUUCCUGUCACCCUGACGCUGGAGAAAAAAAACCCCAUCAAUGACUGAUAUUAUAACCCCACUGCUGACCCAUAACACUUAGCCUGUCGCUUUGAUUUUUCUGCUGCUUGUCACUUGAUUGCUGGACAUUUUGUGGACGACCCACAGAGAGGACAUGAAGAAAACCUUGGAGGGAAACUAAAAAAUGAUGUCAAAUGUCCUGUAUUUUUAUCUGCAGGUUGGGAAAAUAUUCACACAGUGUGUUGUGUAUUUGUCUGGCACUGACUGUAACCACGCUAGCUGCAAUUUAUAGUGUGCACUUACAGUAGUUAUGUGUUUCACUGCUCUAACGAUGCUGGUAUCUCCACCUCAGCUCAUUCCCCCCAACUAAAAUAUACCUCACCAAUUCAGAACAGAGUCUGGGGUUAGACAGCGGUCACCACCUCGCAGCUCAUCACCUCUGAGGCCUUAAACCUCUGUGCAGUCAAAACAACCCUUCCACUGUGCUUCGCCCUCAGGCUUUUUCAUCCAGCAUGUGCACUUUUGUUGUUUAAAGGCCCUUUUCGACAGAAAGACCCUGGAAGUACAGAAACAAGAACAAAAAAUAUCCCCUGAGCAAGUCUGUGUUUGAUUUUAAGCUGCACCUGAUCAGACAGAUCACAAGGAAGUGAGGGGAAAAUGGCAAUUAUGUGAAAGCAACAUUGGAUUACCAGCAGGGCAAAGCAUGCCACUACACCACAGAAAAACUGAGGUAAUAGAUCCAAACUCCCCUAGCAGAGCCCCACCCACCUAAAAAAAAUCACCAACCAGACUCACUGUAUUUAUUCAAUAGUAUUUAAGGAAAAUCAUGUUCUGUUUGUUCAGUUAUAUUAUUUUUGUAGAUUCCAUCUCCCACCAUUACGGCCUGGUAUCAGGCAUGUCAUUCUGGUUAAGAAUACUAAUUAAUUGAUGUAUGUUAUCUGUUUAUUUGACCAGCCACCAACCAAACUUAUGAGUAUGUAAGGAAAAUCACAGUCUAUUUCAUCUAUUUAAAUAUUCUGUUUUAUGUAUUUUUUCUCCUUUUUAUCUCCUCACAUUAUGAUUCAGUACCAGGUAUAAUACUGUGGUGGAGAAUCUUACAUUAUUUUAGUUUUUCAAAUGUAAUUUGUUUGCCUUAAAAUCAUAGAAGAAUAUUAGAAUCUGCUUAUAAAACCCUCCACAAAAUGUGUGGAUGUAACACAGAUUGGAAAAUCACAUUUUAUUUCUAUUUAUACAGCUGUUCAAUUACAAUAUGGUCUGGUGCAAGAUAUAUCAUUUUAGUAAAAAAAAAAUAAAUCUGCAUUUCAUUAAUUUCUUAUAUAGUUUAUGUGAUUGAUCUCCAUCAAAA